AUGCCCUUACAAGGGAUUGCCAUCGAGCCCAGUUCCACAUGUUCUCCUCCUGAUCUUUCCCUUCACAUAAGUCCUCCAACCACUUCUUCUUCUUCUUCAAAUUUGGCAACUCAAGCUCGUACUGAGCUCUCUCUAGCUCCCAAUUUCCGCACAGACCAAUCUCUUUCUCAUUAUCAUCAUCAUCAUCAUCACAAUCACAACCCCACCAUUAAUGCUUCUGCCGCCACAAACUCUCACUUGAACCGCAUGAAUUCGUUCCUUGAUGCGUCCUCCGACGUCGGCCUGAGACCCAUCAAGGGGAUCCCGGUGUAUCACAACCACCGUUGCUUCCCUUUCUUGCCCGUCGACCAUUCCACCGGAAAGGAUCUUCAUCAUCACAAGAUGUGGUUGCAUCAUCCCUUGCCCUCUAACACUUCUUUCUCUUCCUCUUCUUGGGCUUAUAAUAAUAACAAUACGAUGGGAGCAUCAGGAUUGGAUAAUCCGAUGUGGGUUUUAAACGGGUCGUCGCCUGCUAAUUUCAAAUCUCAUCAUCAUCAGUUGCACUAUGGGGUCGGGGUUGGGGCUUCUCAUCAUCGCAAUGAAGAGGCCACAUCCUCAUCGGGGUUCAUGAGAUCCAGAUUUAUGAUGCCUAAACUACCCUCCAGGAGAAGCAUGAGAGCUCCUAGAAUGCGUUGGACUACAACCCUCCAUGCCAGAUUCGUUCACGCCGUUCAGCUUCUUGGCGGCCAUGAAAGAGCCACUCCAAAGUCAGUUCUGGAGCUGAUGGAUGUGAAAGAUCUCACAUUAGCUCAUGUUAAAAGCCAUUUGCAGAUGUAUCGAACAGUCAAGACCACUGACAAGCCUGCUGCUUCCUCAGGCCAAUCAGAUGGAUCUGGUGAGGAUGACAUGUCCCCCGUCGGUGGCAACGCCGAUCGUGGUGGUCUUCGCCAGUUUUCCAAUCCAAGAGGCCGAUCAGCAGAUCGAUCUCUGCAACAAGACGUAGACCAUCCUUCUACUACUCUAUGGAGUAAUUCUUCAAGCAGAGAGCCAUGGCCGCCACAGAAUAAUCCUUAUGAUAUGGAUGGUCUCAGAAAAACUGCCUUCCACUCACAACCGAUGUCAAGAGGGCAUCAAACUCAGGAAUGUAAUUCAAGGGAAGCACGAGUGCUAGUGAAGAACAGUUUGUCAGAUGUUAAUAGAGAAUGCAAGAAUCCAUGCUUGGAGUUUACGUUAGGAAGACCAGAUUGGAAUGGUGGCAGAGGACAGGCCUAGCUAAUUGAUUUUUCAUUAUAUAAUUAUAACUAUAUAUAUCCAUGCCGAUCGACAAGUUCAUCAUCUUAUUCGUUCUUCAAAUGUAGAGAGAGAGGUGGUCUUAUAAUUGCCAGUGAGAAGAGAAAA